UCAAUCUUAUAUCAAUGACUGGAUUUAUGUCCCAUAAUAUUUUGACCCAGUUGAAUUUUAUUCAAUAUUCAGUCUGAAAAUGCAACACAUAAGUUUCGUCUACUGCGAAUUCCUGCUGAUAGUCUUGGCUUCAACAACGCCUCCAACAAUAUCGAGUCCCCAUCACGAUGACUUGAUUCGAGAUCACGCCAGAAUGUUUGAACUACAUGAGCAUCACAUUUUCCGACUGAAAGGCCUGGUUUUUGGGCUGCUUGGAUUUUCGUCGGUCAUUAUUGUGGCGUAUCUGCUGUAUCAAUACAUUAUUCAAGUAGCCAGAGCACGAAGGAAUCAGGCGGGGGCUGCAUUUUCUGAACGAGAGUCUUUGGUCCCAAUCUCUGAGUUUGAUCAGCCCAGAACAAUAUUCGUGCGACCACUGUUUGGGCCCCUUAGAUCCUUGCGAAAUUACGUGGGGGACGUGUGGGGGGUCAGCAAGGGCAGUUCUCCAACUGCGCCAUUACCAGGCAGCACCCUAUAUCGACCAAAAUAUGACAAUGACCCAUGGGAGCACUUGUAACUCGUAGUGGAUGACCAUAACAAAUUAGUCCCGUUUGUGGGUGAGUCAUCUGCUCCUGAAGAGCGGCGUUCCAGUGUCAAGAUAUUGCAUCGAUUGUGAUUAAUUAGUCUAAGCAUCAUAGAUCGGAUAUUUUGCGUACUCCGGCCUCCAGAAAAAGUCGCGUACUCCGGCCUCCGGAGGCCGGAGUACUCCAAGCCCGGAGUACUCCGAUCUAUGCUAAGCAUUCGAAUUAUUAUAUACUUAUUUUUGGGGCAAAGCCAAGUCGAACUGAAAUAAACCACUUACUAUUCGUGUGAACAAUCUCAUUCUCUCAAUCUCUGUCGCAAUAAACUCGCAUGAAUACAAGUAAUCCGUUUGUCAAAGCCUUGCGUCACUCUUAUCUCCUUCACUUUGGAUAACUAACUGGACGAUGGACACAAUGCAAAUCUGAUGGAUGAAGGUUUUAUUAUGGUCUUAGCCAUGAAGAUAACAUGACCCAUGCAACCUUAACAUUGAGAGGCAAAGCUGAACGCGUAAUUGUUUACUGAGUGGACACUAAAUCAAUGCGAAUUGUGGAAAAAUUCAUAUUCUGUUGAAUAGCUGGAGUUUUUCGUGUAAUAAUGUGAAUAAUUGAGUGCAUGGGAAACAAAAUAAAUAUACGCUUGAAAAUGUGUUCUUUGUUUGGCCAAAAGUGUUACAGCAGAUUCAGUGUGUGUCUCAUAAUAAUUCUUCAGUUUGCUUUCUCAACUGCAUUGAAUUUGAAGAGUUUGAAUGAAGAUCAGUUCGAAACUCAGGACGAAUCGCCUGAAGAACCUGAAGAGCCGGAGGAAUCUGAUGACCCAGAAAUUGAUUUAGGGACGGGUGCCAUCGUUGGAAUUGUCAUUGGAAUCUUGGCUUUACUGAUUGCGAUUCCUAAUUUAUUAUGUUUCUGCUUCGGUUGUCUUUGUUUCAAGGAAAAGGAACCUAAAAUAAUAGGAGUGACACCGUCGGCCUCGGCCACCCUCCGGAAAGAGCACGCGAGGAAAGGAACCACCAAUGAGACGACCAUGGAACACGACAACAGCCGAAAAUUCAGCACUUCGACCACACCAAACCGCCGAGACUCGCAGUUCUCGUCGGCAACUGCACCUCCAGGACAAGAGUUCACUCCGUACCCGCUGGAUGACAACCUUGGCGCGUUCUACUACAACUUGGGGUACGAGCCGCCACCACCGUAUGCCUUUGGAGAUGGUGUCCCCUACAGUGACGACGCUUGGGACGUGAGAAACGGCGCAAGUCGAUCCGCAUCGAUACGCCCAAGUUUAGGGAACAUUGGUGAAAAAAACCAGACAUCUGGACCUGGGCCAUCCAUAAUUAAGGGGUAGCUGUCCCUUGUCGCUGUCAUUUAAUGAUCAAACUUCUCAUAUCUUAACAUAAUAAUAGUAUUAUUUAUGUACAUAUGUAUAUAAUUUAUAGAACCUGCAUGUAAAUAGGUGAUGCAAUAAACAAAAAUUUACAUAUUAUUA